AUGGACAAUGCGAAAACCCAGGAGAACAGUUGCCCCAAGGUUGGGACGAUCCUCCAUCUGGCUCAGUUGAGCAAACCAGUCAAGGGAGCAAUGGUCAAGUUGGCUCAGGUGAGCAAGCCAGUCCAGGAAAACGGGGAAAAAGACGGGGACGAGGACGCCGAGGACGCCCAUCUCCCCAGAUUGAGUCGGCUUGGUGAUCCCUGGCAGAGAUCUUCCCGACACGAGAUACGAGAAUUUUCAGCAGAUGGAGCAGUAAUAUCUCUACUUGUUGACCUUCUCAAGCCUUUGCUAUCGGUCCCUGACUACAUAGCAAUGGGGCAAGGCGAUCAUCUGCACAACCAGGUGCACAUGGAGGCCAAGCGGGUCGAGACUGGCUCAGAUGGCAAGGGCCGGGAGGAGGCAAUGGCCGUCGCAGGGGCAAACACGGAGGAGCAGAGGCGGCCAAAUCAGAGGAGAUGGAGCUCUGCCACCAUACGAGCAUGGAGAACCCUGCGGGACGACGAUUGA